AUGCUAGGAAACCACGAUAUUCUGACGGAAACUGCGACGGCUAACGACAAAUCCUCGCUGAAUUACCGAUCUGGUUCUGGAAAAUAUAGAUGUUCUGUCUAUGGGCACGCUUACAUUCCGGAGACAACUACGUUCCCCGAUGGCACUGUAAAAGACCAUGCCAGGCGCAUCUACGAAGAGAUGCAGUCUACGCCUUCGCAGAGCUCCUUGCUGGAUACCCAAUGUCAACACCACAACCUGCUACUUCGAAGCAGACUUCCAGAAGAGAGUGAUCAAGGACAACAUGGGCAGUCUCGGGCCGCAGCAGAAUACGGAGAACACUUAGACCUUGUCUCUGCGUGUUUCGACGUCCUGAAUGAAAAAGGAGGAAACGAGCUUCAGGAGAUAACCCUCAACACCAUUAACUGGCAAAGUAAACAGAUGAGCAAGGUUCAGGCCAUACUUGACCACCUCAAGCAGAAAAGGCUUCUAGUUGCACUCGACCCAGAAAUUAUUGAGAGAUGCCCGAAGAAUCUCGACGGCGAAUCUAGAAAGUUGAUGCUAGGAGCAAAUGACCGCUUUAUGAAGAUCCGAAGUGUUCGAGAGGUUCUUCAACUCGCUGAGCAGAACACUAUCGCAAUUCUCUUGUCCUCAGAAGUACUUGAAACGAAGUAG